AUGGCGGCAGCAAAGCGGCAGUAUGCAGACAUUGACGAUGAUGCUGCCAGCGCCCUCCCAGCAAAGCGUCGCGCUGGGACGCCUGUGCAAGCGGUGCUGCUGGACUUCGAUGCCACGCUCACUGUGCGUGAGGAGAUCCCAGCAUGGCGGCUCUUCCCAGAGAAGGGAGGCUUCGAUCGGAAGUUCGACGUUACGUGGCUCCGCGAGCGAGGCUUCGGGGGCGAAGAUCGCAUCCGUGGCUUGGAGCAGAUGUUUGCCCGGCUCGGCAAAGCGGGAGUCGAAGUUCACGUGGUUUCGUGGGCCGACCGCGAUGUCAUUGAGCGUGCCCUCUCCGUCCUGGGCCUGCGCAAGCUUUGCAAGAGAAUCGCCGGCGUGCAGCAACUAGGCGAGUACGCUGGCGGCAAAGGGGCAUUCAUCCAGAGCCUGGUCACGGAGAACAACUGGCGGCGAGACCAGGUCUUAUUUGUUGACGACCAGCAGAAGAACGUCGACGCUGUUGCAGAUGUGUGCAGGACGCACAAAACCAGGGGUCGUGGCUUGACGACCGAAGAGAUGGACAUCAUUGUCCAGAAGGUCGCUGCCACAGCUGAUGCCGACAAAGAGGAGGCAGAGUCAGAACAAAACAGAGCCAAGAGUGUGAAGACCCUCUUUGUUAGCUCGUGCAAGCGUGGAACUCUCCGGCAAAUCAAGGAUCGCGUGGGGGUGGUGAUAAAUGCGAUGUUCGGUUCUGCCAGUGUGGUUGGCUUUAGCACUUUGCUGUGCUUUGUUGAAGGCGAGGCCGUGCUGGGAUGCAUCGUUCACGUGGAUGGCAGCCGCCAUGAGAAUUUCGACUUGGAUAUUGCUCGCCAAGGGCACAUGGCAGAAUCGGAUACGUCAUUGUUGUCUCCGCUGUGGCCGGGUCAGCUGCUGCACCACAUCAAUGCUCAUCCAGCAUACCUGACGGUGAUGGAAGCUGCCCUCAUGGCAAUAUGCAUGUAUGCACUCAUAUCCUUUUGCAUCACGACUUGGGCCUCUAAUUUUGCGAGGUGCCUGCCGCAUCCGUUUUCAAGCCUCAUGGAUCAACCACUGCCUCCUCAACGCACCUGGUUGGGCAGUUGGUGGGGCUGGUGGUACUCCUGCAUGGCCGAAUUCUGCACGUGGCUGGUAUGGCUAGUAUGUCGGAAAGAUGCAAGUACCACAAAUGGUACGGAGCGGGACCAGCCCAGCAAGCCCAGCGUGAAUGACAAUCUAACAAGGGCUUUCCCGGGCUUGGACGAAGCCGAGCGGCAAUACAUUCGUGGGAUUUUUGACAAAGUGAAUGGGCUGAAGAAGCAAGGAAUCAAGGAGCAAAAAAUAAGCGCAGCAUGGAGGUUUCUGGAUGCGUCUUCUAUGGCUUUGACCCCAGUCCUGAUUAGUAUCAUGCCUAGCUUGAAAGGUGACAAAUAUGAAGAGUCAGUCCAGAUUUUGGCAAUCUGCCUUUCUCUUAUCAGCACCAUUUGCCAUGUGCUGCCACUGGGCCGCGGUGAGACCAUGUUGUGGUACGCAAGUCGUCUGCAAAAGAUCUGCUGGAAUUACUGGCGACAGACCGGGGAAUUCGGACUCCAGCAGCCUAAACAACCAGAAGAUGGCAAAGGGGACGACACAGCAGCUCCAGGGCCGACGAAGAGCAAUCUAGAGACAAGGCGCAAAGACAGCUUUGCGACUUUUGUUUGGAGGGUGACGGAGAUCAUGGAGGAAGGAGAAGAGGCCAUCGUCAGCAAGUUCUCCGUGGAGAAUGCAAAGCCAGCCGAGGUUCAACGUGAAAAAGCUGACAAUUCCGCAGAUAUGAUGCUUGAACCGAAGAUCUAG